AUGUUACUAUCAUUUGCAGAAGACAUACAUAAUGACAUUAAGUUGUUGGUUUGUAAAAAUAUAUUAGGAAUAUUAAUUGAAUUUAGAACAAUUAAAGACAAUUAUAUUUUAAAUAGAAUACUUACCACAUUCGAAAUACAAGCAAGAAAUAAUUAUAUUAAGCAACCAAUACAUAACAUUAUCUACAAACUUAUAAAUAAUGAUAUUUAUGUUAAUGAAUUUCUUCCAAUUAUUAUAGAUACAAAUCAUAUAAGGGUUUUAUUAAAAGAUGAUAAGUAUAGUGAUGUUAUUGUUGAUAACAUGGAAGAGUGGUUUUAUAAGAAAGAUAGUUUUAAAUUUAGAAAUCAAUUUUUAAAAUUAAUUAGAGGCAUAAAAUGUAAAAAAUUAUUUGAAUUUUAUAACUUACUCGAUAAAGGUGAUAAUUAUAAGAAAAUAGAAAGAGAAAGUAUCAUUAAAAGUAUUAUUGAUGGGUUAAUUUUGAAUUAUCAAGAAGGUAAAGAAAUUAACAGAUAUUUUAUUGAUUAUAUAAAAAUACUAGUAACAUUGACAUUAACAUGA